AUGCGUGGAUUUAAAUUGGGCAACAAUCAAAGUGCAAAUCAAAUCUGUGAAUUCACAGACGAACGCAUUUUCAACUUUAGAUCACUCCCCGAAUUUCCUAACCAUGAAGAGGCCUUGAACUUGUUGAAGAAGUUGGCUUCUCAUGUUAAACCGAUAAUGCAAAAACACAAUUGGAAGGUUGGAACCUUGGAAGAAUUCUUUCCAGCGGAGAAAAACUUGCUCGGACUAAAUAUAAAUCAUGGUGAGCUGUUUUACAGACUGACACAUAAUAAAUGUGGUCCACACGAUGCAGCAUUCUAUAAGCUUUUGGAUGAAUUGAACGAUGAGUACGAUGAGUUAUUGCUCACAGGUCAUGCUGGAAGUGGAUUCUACACAGAUGGUGUCAAACUUGGUACCGGAGUAUCGCAUAAUAUUACACCAGCUAUGGCUAAACAGAGAGCAUUGGAAGCAGCGGAAAGAAGAAAACGAAUACAAUCAAUAAUGACGAACGGUGGCGUUAGACUAGGUGGUGAUAUCUUGGAGAGUUAUUCGUCCAUGAGAGAAUUAUCUGCGUUUGCUGCCGAAAGAAGGAGAAGUGAUAUGAUUUGGUGUGGCAGUGAGGAAAGUAACGGGGUCAAUCACGCAGGUCCUUCAAGAUCUUCACCACAUCAGAAUGCAAAGCCACGUCCGGUCCGAAUCCCAGAAAAUAAAUUACCUGGCGCUAGUACAUCAUCACAUCAAUGGAGUUGUCCUAAAUGCACAUUUGACAAUCGUCCGUUAGCUUUACAAUGUGAAGUUUGCUCAUUCGAACGAUCGGGCGAAUGGGAUAGCGGACAUUCUCCAUCUCAACCUAUAGUUAUUGACAAUUCUGCGAAUUCGCGAUGGAGAUGUCCUAUGUGUUUGUAUGAGAAUGACGCUGACGUUGUCAUGUGUAUUGGAUGUGAUUAUUUAAUGUAUUGA